AUGGCACAGAAACCAUUUCUGUUGAGGUGGGGGAUAAUGGCCACCGGAGCCAUGUCCGAGUAUUUCUGCAGAGACCUCCUAACAAACCCAGCUAUCCGCGAGGUGACUGACGUUAAGCAUGCCAUCACUGCAGUCUCAUCGUCGAAAGACCCUUAUAAGGCGAUCGAGUUCCUCGCUCGCAUUGAUCACCCCGCACCUACUGAAGUUUCCAUAUUUGGAUCGUACGCAGCACUCGUACGAGACCCAAAUGUUGACAUUGUUUACAUUGCCACACCGCAUAGCCACCAUUUCCAGAACGCGAUGCUGGCGCUGCAUGCGGGAAAGAGUGUUUUGUGUGAGAAGGCUCUUACUGUCACUGCUGCGCAGGCACGACGACUGUACGACACUGCGAGUCAGAAGAAGCUCUUCUUCUUGGAGGGUGUCUGGACGAGGUUCUUCCCGCUAAGUGUCAAGAUACGCCACUUUGUCCGCAGCGGAGCUAUCGGCCAGAGACUCAAUUACGAAGAUUCCCAUCGCAUGGUCAACCCUGACUUGGCUGGAGGUGUCCUCCUUGGACUCGGAAUCUACCCACUGACCUGGGUUUUCCAAAUUCUCUACCACCUUCAACCUGAGAAUGAGAAAGAACCGCCACAGAUCCUAUCAGCUGUUCAGAAAUAUUCCACGGGAGUCGAUGAGUCGGCCACAAUUAUUCUCCACUUCCCAGAGCACGGCACAGUGGGUAUAGCCACUUCAUCGCUUCGGGUUGCGACAGAUCCUGGCAAUUCCAGAAACCCAGCGAUCCGAAUCCAGGGUUCACAUGGCGAGAUACAAGUGGAACACCCGGCGUAUAAACCUCAGUGUUUCAAGAUAAUCACUACAUCGGAGACAGGAGCUGAUGAGAAGGUUAAUGAAUGCCCUCAGCCGCAAGAUAGCGAAAGGAGUUGGGGAAAUGGCACAUUCUGGGAAGCAGACGAAGCUGCACGUUGCAUAAGGGACGGCAAGUUGGAAAGUGAUACGAUGCCUUGGUCUGAGAGCAUACUCAUCAUGGAAAUCAUGGAUAAGGUAUUGAAGGACGCCGGAAUAUUCUAUCCUGAGUUGAUCGCCACAGACGAGUAUGAUCCUCUUAGUCCGCUCAAUACCGGUGGAUGA